AAGGAGCCAGCAAAAGUGGCAUAAUGUUCAACAAAUCCCAAACCUUGCAGUGACCAUGAUAGAGUGCAGAAACGGCACGGCAACCGAGCUACGCUUGCUGUGUUCACUGGGUGUGUGAAGUGCUUAGGAAGGAUGUGAAAAACCGCGACAUUGCACAGUGGUGUGUUUGCACGAAGCUCGAAACAGCGCGAGCCUCCUAUCCCGUCCGACGUCCGCCCGGAUGGGAUGCCCUAGUUUGGGUGGUGAAUCUAGCCUCGUACGUCCUGUCUCGUGCUGCUGCCGAGCCAGGAAUACAACAACCUUGACGACGCGACUGGUCUCGCCGAUCAUCAGCCAUCGCCGAGCAUUUACUGCGUCAGAGUGCUAGCAAUUCCGUUUGUGGUUGUUGGGCGAGGGAGAAACCAGUGGGUGAUGACCAGACCAAGGUCCAAAUAGGCAAACAAACCAACGAACCAGAGCGAACACGCAAAACGACACACUACAGGCGCAACAUUUUCACAUAUUCCCGUGUUCCGUGAAGGAUGUUUUUCGUUCCUCGAUAGUUUACACAAAGAAACAGCAGAUCGGAAAAAUUAAACCGCACACGGAGGGAGGCCGCGCGGACAUCGUCGCAAAAGUAGUCCGCGGUCAGGUCGGUGAGUAGGUUUGAUCUACGAUUAAAGGGAACGUUCCCUUCUAGUGCACGCUGAUAGUGUGAGCCGUGUGAAACGGGCAUCGUUUGUGUGAACAAAGAAAAAGUGAAGAAAAAAAAACUAGCUAGCGAAAAAAUAAACAAUCGACACUAAGCGCUAACACGCGAGAAUCCCUUUGGCGGAAGUUUUUCCGAUUGUUUAUCGCUUAGCAGAAAAUGGUUAGCUAAGCGCAUUGCAACACAUUCCUGUACCGAACGCGUGUGGAUGUAUCUAACGACGUGAGGGCAACCAUCCAACCGAGAACCCUUCCUCUUAGAAUGUAAAGAAGGGAACGAGCUUAAUUCCCCGCAUCUACUGAGCAAGGGCACCACGGAAUAGCAUCUGCCCGCGCAGGAAAUAAAUCACAAACGUUUUAACGUAUUAAUCGUCCAUACGAGAGCUCACACAAAAUGGGAAGCGUCUGGAAGCGGUUGCAGCGCGUCAACAAACGGGCGGCGAAGUUUUCCUUCACCGUGUCCUACCAUGAACUGUUCAUGGAGACGACGGCCAAAUGGCGCCCUAAUAAACUGCACGUCGUGUGGACGCGCCGUUCGCGGCGGGUCAUGUCGAGCGCUCUCGAGUGGCAGCCGGAUCUUAUCAACCCCCUCAGCAGCACCAUGUCUUGGCCGAUGCCGGACAACCGCACGAUCGCCGUGACGCUCUUCAAGGAUAUACGCACGCAUGAGCUCGAGGAUAAGGACUGGACGUUCGUGCUGGAGGACGUAUCGCAGAUGGGAAAGAAGCGUGCUCUUGCCUCGGCAACCAUUAACAUGCGCAAGUACGCGAGUAUCGAGUCGACGCAGCAAACGUUCACGUUACGGUUGCGGCCCGUCUCGAAAAAGAUCCUUGCCGCCAACCUCGAGCUAACGCUGAGCUGCGUGUUUCUGCGAGAGGGCAAGGCGACGGACGAGGACAUGCAGAGUAUCAUUUCGCUGAUGUCUGUGAACAACGUGUCCGAUAUCGCCCCGCUCGACGAUCUCGAGGACAUUCCGGACUUGGAGAACUCGAUCGACUUCUCGGAGAACAUGUCUGAUCUAACGCAUCAGUUAGACCAGUUGACGACGAGUCUGAACAGUUCGGAACUGCUAACACCGAUGAGUGGCGCCCCAUCGCUACUGUCCGAUGAUCGAACGCCGAUCGUCGGUGGUUCGAGAGAAAUGUUCAUGGAAAUGCUGCGUGAUCGGGACGAUGAGCUAGACCGGCAGCUAGACGAGAAUGAGAACAAUGCCAACAAAGAACCGAUUUUGCAUCGGCAGAAGGAACAAGAGUAUCACGGAGGAGACGCGUUGUCAUCUCCUAGUCAUAAGGGCCCGCCAGUCAUACCCGAAACCGUGCAGACGAUAGUUGAAGAGGUAGAGGUAGAAGACCAACUAGAUAUCCAGCUCGAUGCGUUAGGUACACUAGAGGAUGAAGAGGACUACGAAGAUGAUGAAGCUUCCGGACGCUCGACACCAGUUAUCGCAGUUCCGAACCAUGAGUCCAGCCCAAUGUCACUUCCGGCAGUCGUGACGGAGGACAAAACGCUAUCUCCCGAACUGCCGUCGCAACCUCGGUCGUUGCCCGCAUCCGAUAGUAAAUCGUUCAACAGUAGUCGAUCCGAUCUGAAACCGUUGAAUUUAGUCAAAAGUUACGAUAACGAACCUGUAAAACAAGUGGAAACGGUGGCGAAGGACGUAGAACGGAAACCAGAACCUCCGCUGGCUCCUCAAAGGCCCGUUCUUAUCACUCAGCCUGUCGGAGGGGAUCUGUUGAAACCGCUAGGAACGCUAAAGGAUAGCACCCCGGGUCAGGAUCUGCUGGAGUGGUGUAAGGAUGUAACCAAAAACUACAAUGGCGUGAAGGUGACAAAUUUAACUACCAGCUGGCGUAACGGAAUGGCGUUUUGUGCGGUUAUACACCAUUUCUAUCCAAAUCUAAUUGACAUGAGUAAACUUUCUGCCGGGAAUGUUAUUGAAAAUUGCAGGACGGCGUUCGAUACCGCUGAAAAGCUCGGAAUUCCGAGGGUGAUCGAACCGCGAGAUAUGAAUCUGCUCACCGUACCGGAUAAGCUAGCGGUCAUGACGUAUCUGUACCAGUUGCGGGCUCACUUCACCGGUCACCAGCUGGAGGUGCAAUCGAUUGGCGAAACAACAGACGAUUCGAGCUACGUCAUCGGUAACUACAAAUCGGAUAAAUUAUGCAAAAAUUUGCUCAAUCUUACCGACAUCAUCACACCAAACAACGACGAUCCGUUGUCAUCGAAACUCGACACAAAAGCUGCCCUAUUGGCAAACUCAAAGCAUCUACUAGGUCGCGUACUGUCUCCAACCAAAGAUAAACUUCCUAACUUCCCACUUAGCCUGCUGGACGGGCCACUUGGUCCUGGCCAUGUAGCGAACAAUGGUUCCAGCAACGCCCCACUAUCAGAUGGUAACAGUGAUAACAACCGCAAAGCAACGAACGGCCAUCAAAACAGUCAAGACAAUAGCAGUGAUUCUUCUUUCUCGAUGAAAAACGGAAUCAGCGAGGAAGAUGAAAGUGUAGAUGAAAAAGAACGAAGCACUCCCACGGCAGUAGAUAGCGCUGGAUCGAUGAAUGGAAGCAGCACUAGUCCCACAAAGUCUAGCGGACCGAAAACGUCCAACCAGGAGGAUAAUACGCCCAAACCAGACGCUCAACGACGAAGCCAAAUGGACGGGUAUGGUGACGGUGACGAUAGUGAUGAAAUUCAGACGCUACCCUACAACCCGCUGGACUUAAACAAGGCUAGCAAGUUGAUUUUACGGCACAAAGAAAUGAGCGAACGGGCCAAGCUCAUGAUAGAACGGAUUAGAUCAUCGCACGUAGAUAGCAAAGGUGACAAGGAUGCAGCCGAGCGACAGGCUAGGUUACGCGAGGAAGCAAGAAAGUUGAUUGCCGGAGCGAAACUUAAGUUAUCCGGGCUCGAUUCGCCAUCCUCUCCAACGAAAUUAUUCCCCUCUGGCGGUGGCCGGCCUUCCGUCGCCGGAGGGCCACCACUUUCGCCUGAUCGAGCCAUCUCGCCCAUCAACAAUGGCUCGGAGUUUGUCUUUCCCACGGGCGUUACACGUCAUUCCCACGGGAAGGAUACAGCCACUCCCGGGCAGCACGACACUACGGGGAUGGACAAUAACAGUCUCAGUUACAAAACAUCGGACCAAAGCAGUCUGCUAAAGCGCGGUUCACCUUCACCGUGCAAAAUGAUUGAGUUCCUGGGACCAAAGAGUGAGGAUGAUGGUGGCCAGAUUGAACGUGUAAAUUACAUUCAAAGUGAGCUUAACAAACUGGAACGUGAGCAAGAGGCAAUCGAUUUGAAGGCCAAUGCUCUGGAGAAGAAGCUGCGAGCUGUGAUGGGUGGAACGAUGACAAAUGUUUCCGAAACCGAAGAUCAACUGAUGUCCCAAUGGUUCACGUUGGUUAACAAGAAGAAUGCCCUCUUGAGACGUCAAAUGCAACUUAAUCUACUUGAACAAGAGAACGAUCUUGAGAAAAAGUACGAGAUGCUUAACAUGGAGUUGCGUGCCGCACUUUCUGUGGAAGACUGGCAAAAGACGGAGGAGCAGCGUGAGAAGGAGGCUUUACUUCUGGCAGAGUUAGUGGCGAUCGUUGAUAAGCGGAAUGAGCUGGUACAAAAUCUGCAUAGCCAGGAACAGGCCAUCGAAGACGACGACGAAAUUGAGCGAAAGCUGGAGACUGUGGACAUCAAUCAGAAAGACGAAAAGUGUGUCAUACAGUGA